AUGCCGCCCAAGGCCGACCCCAAGGCGGGGGCUGCGGCGGCCGGGGAGGAGGACGGGCCGGAUGACGGCGAGAGGGAGCUGAUGGAGCGCGAGCUGGCGAUUUCGUACCUGAAAAACAAGCUCUCGCGGUACCAGCAGACGCGCGAGGCGCUGGCGGGGGAGAACAGCGCGCUCGUGGCCAAGCUCGAGCAGGAGAAGGCGACGCACACCGACAUCAUCAAUCUCCUGUCGACCGAGGUCAACACGCGGAACGCGAAGCUCGAACAGGUCGAGAAGCAGGCCGAGGAGCUCGCUGAGGCGCUCGAGGCUGCACGCAAGGAGCACAAGGAGGCGCUGGCGGCCGUCAACAAGGUCAAGGACGCGGAAAUCGCCAACCUCAAGGAGCUACUGGAGGACCGCGACGAGAAGCUCAAGGGGCUGGACGAGUUCAUGCAGCAGAAGAAACGCAUGGAGGACGAGCUGGAGGCGCACAAGGAGCAGCUGGCGAAGGAGCGGCGGGAGUUCCACGAGCUGAUGAGCGACGUGGAGCGGCAGCACGUGCAGGAGAAGGACUUUUGGCAGAAGGAGAUGCAGCAGCAGGUCAAGGAGACCAAGUCCCAGAUGAUGAAGCUCAUGGACAACCAGCUCGAGAUCACCACGAAGCGCACGAUCAUCGAGAACGAGCAGAUGCAGUCCGAGCUGACGUACCAGUCGCGGCAGUCGGAGAGAAUCAUGAACAAGAACUCCAACCUGCUCUCGGAGGUCGGAGAGCUGCGCCGCCAGGUGGAGCUGUCGCAGCAGGCGGAGGUGGAGCUAGCCAAGCGGAACAACGUGUACCAGAAGACGAUUCGCUCGCUGCUCGCGAAGCUCAAGGCGCGGCAGCAGGGCGACGCCGCGGGUUCCCACGAGGAGGUCGAGGCGCUGCAGGCGGUCGUGGAGCAGCAGGAGGAGCGGAUCCGGGCGUUCGAGCUGGCGUGCCGGGAGCUGCGGGAGCAGCUGCACGACGCGCUCGCGGACGUCCGCGUGCGCGAGAUGCGCGAGGGCGCCCUGCGCGACCGCCACGACGCCGCGACGCGCCUCGUGCAGCGCAUGGUUGAGGAAAUCAGGCACGCGCAGGCGGGGGAGGCUGCGGACGCAGAGGACGCGGAAGCGCCGCCCGCGACGGAGGUCGUCGCGGGCCUCACGCGCGACGAGGUCCUGAAGCACGUGACGGCGCUUGUGGAGCGGCUGCGGGCCGAGGGGGCGCUCGCUGCGAAGCCGGCGAGCCGCGGCGCAGUACCGACUGGGGAGAGCAGCCCGCGGCGGCGCGGGUACUCGUCGAUGAUGAGCGGCCACGAGCAGCUGCCGCCGAUCACGCAGCGCGGGCCGCUGUCGCCGCGGGACGUGGAGGCGCUUCAGGAGUCGCAGGCGCUGAUGGCGACGCUGCGGGGGCCGCCGUCGCGGAAAGCGUCUCUGACGAAGUCGACGGCGCGGCAGGCGAAGGCGUACCAGCAGGUGGCGGGCGUGGACGAGCUGCUGGCGUCGCUGCUGCGGGGCCCGCAGCUGCCAGCGACGCUGCGCGGACAGGACCUGUCUCGGACAGCGCCGCCCGCGGUGCUCGCGGCGAACAAGACGGGGACGCGGAAGUGA